GUUAAUAUGAAUUAUCUUAGCAUUAUACUUUUGACAGUAUAUGUGUCGGGCAUGGUCUUGGGAACUGGGCGGAUUCGGUAAUAACUUGGUCGCCCAGUUCAAUCCCGUACGUUUCAUUCCGAACCCUGUAUUCGCCGUCAUAGAUGGCGUCACCGGCUAUUCAGAAGAGGAGGCGGAGAACGCACUUUCGAGAUAUGAAAUCUUUGGCGACUUUAACCGCACACUCCCGGAGACCGACUCCGAAAUGACUAAAUUUUGUCUAAACAUAGUUGACUUGCAAAUGCCCAAGGACGUGGCCGUGUCUGUUAGCUGGCUGUCCAAAUUGAAACCUAACCCCAGGUAUGCCGUCUCGAUUAUCUCAACUCCUGUCGUUAUAGCAAAGUUGACGCCCGCGCUGUGCAUACACCCCAACCGAUUGGCAAUUGCCAAGGAGUUUAACUCUAAACUCGGAAGUGCCCAUCCUAAUAUUAUCGCCAGAAAUGCCCUUGCUGAACUGGCUGAGGAACGGGUAUCGGUAAAGGCCGCUGAUAAAUGCGACCUUAGCCAGGGUAGUACUUAUACCGGACCUAGAUACAAAACAUUGAUCGUGUCCACUGGAAUGGCGCUCGACAAGUUCAUGUAA